GUAAUACUAAAGCGAUUUUGGCAAAUGAAUUCCAGUUGGUUUCGUUGGUCAAGGUCCCUUUAAGAAAAUGCAGGCUGCUGUUUGGGGGCGUGUCUAUGAUCCCGGAACUGCACCCUCUAGGAGGCGGGCGUCAGUGCGUGUGGAGAAGCUAGCUAGCUCAGUUACCUACCUGUUUAUAGCAUAUAAAUGGGUUUUAUAUGCUAACUGCUUCAUUUUCUUUGUUUUUGUUGAAAACACGAUGAACAGGACGCAACUGAAGCGGUCGAAAAUUCUCGGCAUGGCUCUCGCAGGCUUGGAUUCCGUGGAUCAAGAUGGAGAGACGGAGACUUUUUUAAUGAGAGCCAUCAAAAUAACUUUUGUUGUGGCUCUCUAUUGGUUUAUAUCUAUUACUAUGGUCUUUUUAAACAACCAUUUGCUAGAUAUCCGUGAACUGAACGCCCCCUUGUUCGUGACAUUUUUCCAGUGCCUUGUAACCGUGGGUCUUUGCUGGUUCUUGCACCUCACGUCGAAGCUGUGCCCCGGUGUCGUGGACUUCCCCUCCCUUAAGUUUGACCAUAAGGUCUCAAGAGAAGUCUUGCCACUGUCAUUCGUCUUCAUCGGCAUGAUUACUUUCAAUAACCUGUGCCUGAAACAUUUGGGGGUUGCGUUUUACACUGUAGGAAGGUCGCUCAGUACAGUUUUUAAUGUAAUCCUGUCUUAUGUCAUACUCAAGCAAACCACUUCUUUAUAUGCGCUUCUGUGCUGCGGAGUGAUUUUAGGAGGGUUCUGGCUGGGUGUCGACCAGGAGGGGGCAGAAGGAUCACUGUCCUGGUUAGGAGUUGUCUAUGGAGUCCUUGCCAGUAUGUGCGUGUCCCUAAAUGCCAUUUACACAAAAAAGGUGAUGCCAGUUGUGGAUGGAAGCAUAUGGAAGCUGUCAUUUUACAACAACAUCAACGCAUGUGUCCUAUUCGUUCCACUCAUCUUUCUCUUCGGUGAGGCACCAAAAGUCUACAGUUUUAACGGGAUGGACGACUGGAACUUCUGGGGCAUGAUGAUCACUGGGGGAAUCUUUGGUUUUGCCAUUGGCUACGUCACUGGCCUUCAGAUUAAAUACACAAGUCCGCUGACGCACAAUGUGUCGGGCACGGCCAAAGCCUGUGCACAGACUGUGCUGGCUGUCGUGUACCACUCCAGUAUCAAGAGCUUGUUGUGGUGGACAAGUAACUUGAUGGUGCUGGGUGGCUCCUCUGCUUACACCUGGGUUAAAGGGAUGGAAAUGAAAAAGGUUCAGGAUGAGCCUCAGUCAAAAGCUAAGGUACAAAAGAAUGACUCUGGUGUGUAAGGAAUCUAGGAUGGUCUUUGUUUAGGGCAAAGACCCUUUAUGUGUAAGAAAGUGGACAAGAUAAUAUCCUAAUGCUGGCAAUGAGCAAUGCAACAUAUAUUUCGUUGCCUCUAUUUGGCCUGCUUUUUUUUUUUUUAUUUUGUUCAUGUAGCACAUACAGUGUUUUGUGUUAUUUUUAUGUGAUGUAUUUUUCUCUUCUUUAACAAAGGGUUAUUGUCAGAUUAUUUAUUUGCAUUACUCAUUCCAUGUAUUUUGGUAUUAGACACUGCAGUCUGAGAUCACAAAGCAAGUACGGUUUCAAACUAGAAAUACUUAUGUCAUUCUACUAAAAAAACUUUUGUCUGCUUUUGUGUCUAAGUAUGGCGUAUUCAAAUUUUGCGGUUGACUUUUGGAGCCUUUCGAUAUCAACAAGGGGAAAAAAAAAUCAACAUUAAUUAUGACAAAUUGUAUCUGGUUCAUUAAAAGUAGAAACCAAAGAAUAAUCAAUGUUAUAAGAUUAAUUAAAGGAGUUUUGGGAUUUCUAAUUAAGAGCACUCAGGGUGCUUUUGUAUCAGAUUGUGUUUUAUUUUUUGGCUUGAGUGGUAAACUGAGUGGCAUGGUGGUUCAUUGAUUAGCACUCAUGCCUGACACCUUCAGGCUUGGGGUUUAAAUCCCACCUCCAUUGUGUGUGUGUGUGUGUGUGUGUGUGUGUGUGCACUCGCAUGCGCAGUUUACAUGUUCUUACUGUGUUGUGUGAGUUUCCACUGGGCACUUUGGUUUCCUCCUGCAGUUUAUACAGUUAGGCUGACAGGCACCUCUAAAUUGAUCAUGUGAUUAAUUCAGCUCAAUUCAAUUCUGUUAAGUGUGAGUGUACCCUGCAAUGGCAUGUCAUCCAGGGUAUACCCCAGCCUUGUGCCUUGUGCUGCCUGGAAUAGGCUCCAGACUCGGCCUGACAAGGAUAAAUACCUGCAAGAGUUGGAGUGGGAAGCUGAAAGAAAAUUGGUUAAAGACAGAUUCUCUGGUGUUCUGUGUGGUGAAUAACUAACACAUCAUUGAUCUCUUGAGUUGGAAUGUAAUGGGCAGUGUUGUUAAAUGUGGUUGUCAGAAUAAAGAUGUAAAAUGUAUUUGAAUUAUCAGAUUUUGUUAUGUUUGAUAAAAUCAUAAUACAUUUGAAUUAAAAUGGUUUCAAUACUGGCUGAAUAGUAUGUAUAUUGAAAUUUUGAUUUGUUUGAUUCCAGUAAUAUAACUUGUGAGAAAUUAAAAUUAGUUGAACUGUU